AACAAUAGGGAUAGAAACAAAAGCCCCACAACAACAAGGCAACAGGCCCAACGAAGGCGGUUUCUCUGCCGCCCCCUCCUCUCUCUCUCUCUUCUCUCGUUUGUGCUUCUCCCUCCCUCUUCCAAAUCUCUUCCCUUUUGGGAAAGCGCAGCAAAAGAGGGCACUGCGCCACUCCAUCUUUUUGAGGGGUCGCUCUGUCCCUUUGGUUCCUCAACCCACCCACCAAAGGACACACAAGACAGGGAGUUAGAGAGUGAGAGAGAGCGAUAGAGAGAGAAAUAUGAAAGGAGUGGUCUCACAAGAAGAAGGCAGGGAGGAAGGAGGGAGCGUUACCCUGGAUGAUCUUAAGAAGAAGAUGGCCGAGUUUGCAAGAGAAAGAGACUGGGACCAGUUCCACAGUCCCAGAAACCUCCUUCUAGCCUUGGUGGGAGAGGUGGGGGAGCUGUCAGAGAUUUUUCAGUGGAGAGGUGAGGUCCCCAAGGGCCUCCCAGACUGGAAGGAGGAGGAGAAGGAGCAUCUCGGGGAGGAACUCUCUGAUGUGCUGCUGUACCUUGUGAGGCUCGCAGACAUCUGUGGGGUGGACCUUGGAAAGGCUGCCCUCAGGAAGGUGGAGCUCAAUGCCCUCAAGUACCCUGUUCACCAGUGCAAGGGCUCUUCAAAGAAGCACACCCACUACUCCAACUCCAAUUCCAACACCAAUAGCAACGACAAUACCUGUUUCCUCGCUGAGCACUCCAACAAUGGCCCUUCUGAGGGGCUCUGAUGUACAAGUCUUUUUGGAUUUGGUGUCUUUUAAGCGGUGGUUUUGUACAGACUAUCUUCUUGUGGCCUAAAGGGAUAGAUGGACAGAUAGAGAAGAAGACAUGUUUAUUUUGGCUUUUAGCUUUUCUGUUUUGGUUGCAUGGAAACCAUCUGGGGUGGUAAAUGGAGUGUAGAAGACAAUGUGGGCAAAACACUUCACAUGCAAUGCUUUUUUGCUCUAUUUCAUGUUUCAACUUGCAAGGACUUCAUUAA